GUCAACAUUGGAACGAAUCAACAAGCAUUGCUUUCAUCCUUUUUCUAGCUUUCUCUGAUCUCGACGUCGUCCUAAUCUUUGUGGCUGAUUCUAGCACCAAGAACUAGGGGUAACGUAACCCCCCCUAAUCCGAUCUAAUUCAAUUCCUUCCCUACCAGCUACCACGCUUACCUUAUCUCGAAUUCGCCUUGCCUCCUUCGUACAAUACGAUUCUCGUAGAAACCUAGCAGAAACCUGUUCGCUUUUCGGGAUCCGGUACAGCCGAAACUACUGUGUACAGUUCUAGCCGCUAUCUAAUACCUAACCGGGCUACCAAAAUCGGCUACCAUUGAUGUUUCGCUCCGAAUCAUGACUGCAUGUUACCAGCACACCACCUACGCCGUUCGCAUUUGAUACUAGCUAGCAUGUGCAGCAUCUCCGCCGCUGGGGUGAAUGCGGCUUUAUUAAGACUAUGGCGUCCUUAAUUAACAAGGCCCGGAAGCCGAAAUUCGAGCUUCACCUCACUAUCUACGACUUAAAUAAUGUACCAUUAGUUGCCGGCACUUCUACGAUAAAAUGGUACCUUCCGAACUCGAUACACGGCGAGCAUCGUGGCCGUACGGCCAAGUGCUCCAUCGACAAGAUCAAUCAUCGCGUUGUAUAUAAUUAUUCUAAGAUCAUACCCUUGCGCAUCUCAAUCGAUCGCAAUAAUAACCUUACCGAAUGCCCUAUCGAAUUCGAGGUUCUCCAGGAGUUUCCUAUGGUCCCCGGCGGUCGCGACGAGAAGAUUCCUCUCGGCAUUGUCAAGUUGAACCUAAGCGAAUAUGUCGAAGAAAGCGAAAACUUCCCUCGCCGGAGUAUAGGCGCGCGGGCCAGCGCCAGCCUAGAUCAUGCACGAGAGAAGGUCGGACAAGGCAUGUCGCACCGACGACAAAGCAGUAGCAAAUCGGGCAGUAGCCUUCCACCCGGCACCAUAGGAGGGACUAGUCCUUCAAGCACAACAGCGCCGCCACUACCGCACCCAGAGGAAAAUGAUGUAGUAGACGAUGAGGCUGAAGAGGGCAUCGUCCGGCGAUACUUAAUGCAGGAAAGCAAGAUUAACAGCACACUUAAAAUCGGCAUCUUGAUGAUUCAGAUUGACGGCGAGCGUAACUAUGUCGCGCCUCCUCUCAAGACGGCUCCUAUGUUCGGCGGUAUAGCUGGCAUCGUGGCGGGUAGCGAGCAGGUCCCAGUCGAGGCACCCGAAGACGGGUCUACGCCCCCCAGUACCAAAACCAACCCCGGUUCCCUCGGCAAGUCCCGAGACGCCUCGGAGGUGCAGGACAUGUAUCGCCGCGCGCUAGCAGCGAGCUGGGCUUGUCAACCUGGCGAGCUACCGGCCGACGAAUGUAUCGAGGACAUCUUCUCGGGCGGCGACGGGUGGAGCGAUACCACGCGCCCCGGCUCCAAGCCCCCUACCCGCCGCAGCCGCCUCUCGCAUUCUGGAUCCGUCGCCAGCAGCACUAGUAAUAACAGCGGCAACGUAAGCGACGACGAAGGCGUCGGCGGUAACACGUUACGGCCCGCCGAUAUCCGCCGCAUGCGCCAACACCAUCUGCGCACGCGCAGCGGCGGCAGCGAUCGCAGCUCUCCGACGCUUAUAGGUGGGUCGCGCAGCAGCAGUACUAAUGGCCACCAAGAAGGUGGGAGCGGGCGACAUAUUCGGUACCGGGGAUCCGGAAAGCCACUUAAAGAAGACGGCGGCGUAGACGGAGCAUCAGAUGGCGUACGCAGCCGCAGCGGGAGCUUAACAAGUCUAGCGCCGACACUAGGCAGCGACCGUGGACGCGAGGGGUUCAGACGGCCGAAAGAAGUAGACGAGUACGAGGAGCGCGAGGACCUGGUCGCAUGGACGUUACCCGAGACCGUGGUAUAAGGUUAAAUAAAGCUUAUGCGUGUGCUAGGGUACGGCAUAGCGUGGCAUGGAUAGCGUAUUAUAUUCGCGGGACAUAGCGUGUGAUUGUUUUAUAUCCAGGUAUUGGAACUAAACUAACUAACUAAAUCUACUUUACACACAUAUGUAAAAGUCUUGGGUGAGAUGGGAUAGACAGACUUGAUAAUCUAGAAGUGGUAAUUGUAUAUGUGAAGGACGGGUUGGAUGGGAUUGGGGUCAUAUAUAGGUACAUAAUACAUACAUACAUAUAGUAGGUUGGCAUGAACCGACUGUACAUAAGUCAAGUAGAUAGAUUAAAUUAAUAGAUGGAGAACAGACCGCACCUCGAAUUAGAUGAAAUUCCAUCGCGAGAAUGAAGAUUGAUAUUGGCCUGUAGGAGAAAC